UAGCCGGAAAUAGCAUGUAGAGCGCUUACAGCCCUAAUUAAACUACGAUUUGUUUCUUCUCUUUCGAGCCUAAGAAGUUUCUACGAUUUAUUUCCAUUUCUUCAUCACUGUUCGACUUCGCCUGCUUGAACGAAUCGCUAAAGGGCUCCUUCACCUACUUCGACGACGUUCCUUCCUGUCGCGACAGUUCGCCUAUAGGAAGUAGCGACGGGAGUUUGCUCGCUGCGAAGGCACCAUGUUUCAUCUUAGCAAAAUCAGGCACACAUUGCAUUUGAAUCCCCAGUUGUUGGGCCUUCCUCUCAUUGAUGCAAUGAAGGGAGAACUUGAAAUGCAAUUCUUGGACAAGGUUAUUGCAAAUUUGGGCCUUUGCAUUUCUGUCUAUGACAUUCUUUCUAUAGAUGGUGGUUUCAUCUCUCCUGGAGAUGGUUGCUCUACAUACGAGGUUGUAAUCAGGUUAGUCAUGUUUCGACCUUUAGUUGGGGAGAUUCUUAUUGGAAAAAUUGAAGAGUCAAACGAUGAUGGCUUGCGUUUAUCUCUUGGUUUCUUCAAUGACAUAUACGUUCCAGUGCUUCAACUACAACAACCAUGCAAAAGGGGAGAUGAUGGCAUUUGGCAGUGGGACUAUAAUUCAGAAUAUUUUCCUCUGGACCUAAAUGAGGAGGUGAAUUUUCAAGUUAUAAGUGUUAAAUAUCCUCCCAUCCCAGUCAAACAAGAAGCAAAUUCAAAACCAUUUGCACCAAUGGAAAUAGUUGCAGGUAUACGUGGAGAUGGUUUGGGCGUAGCUUCAUGGUGGGAAGAUUAGAGUUAUUAUUAUUUUUUAAUAAUUUAAAAAUAUUUUAGAGUUAAUGUUGAUCAAAUGUAAAGCUACUCAAAUCAACAGUACUAAUAAGAGCAAUUAAUUGCUUUCCAUCAUGAAAUAAUUCUUUUAA